CCGAUAUCAUUCUAGCUGUUGAGCUUUAGACACGUCAUGGUCUCCAAAACUAUAUAAAAUAAUAGAUAAACACAAUAUUAUUAAUGUCGAGACGAUAGCAACAUGGUUUACAUAGACCGAAAUGGUCGAGUGUGGGAGAAGCGUCCUUGGAAUCUUGAACGUAUUAUCGAAAUAUUUGUAGGACUUUGGUAUAUUUUGGUGCAAUUUGUUCAGACCCUACUCGCUCCUUUCAACGGUGGCAAUGGCAAUAACCGCAACACUGGCCGACGCAAUGGUGGCUGGGGCGGUGGUGGCGGUGGUGGAGGAGGAGGUGGUGGCGGAGGAGGAGGAGGUGGUCUAAGGCCCAAUAGACGCAUUGGACGAAUACAGCAGACCAUAGAUUCCUCAGCCUGUGCAAUGGGAGGUGGAUGAGGAUAGUAGCGGCGACUUAGAGUACCAAAUGCUCAGUCGCCGCUGACCCCAGCGUAGUCUUAAAGCAAAUAGUGAAUGGUCCAUAUCUGUGUUAGAUCUCGCAAUUCAUUUGCGCUUAUGACGCAAUAUUCAUAAACUCAUCAUUUGAGUGGAAUAUUGCUGAUACAUCUACGCGGAUAUGACUUAUUUGUUCUUUAUUUCUGCGCGUUAAACAAUCAACGCUCUCGAUAUUAGGCUAACAAUUUCUUCAACGUAGAGUUUUAGUUUCUUAGUGCUAAAAAUUUAAGGAUUACAACUGCUUUUAUGGAAUCUAUCAGGAUAUAUGUAUGUUAUUACUAUCCCUAUAACGUAAAUCGAAUUCUACGAAUACUAAAGAAAUUUUAAGUAAAUGUAAAAUUGUUUCGAAUACAAGUUGAGAAUUUCAUACAUUUAUAUAAAUCAAUAAAACAAUCUUUUAUUGCCUAAAAAACUA